AUGCAGACGUGUCUUAAUAUUUUGCUGCUUUGCUGUGCGGUGAUGGCGGAUGAUGAUUACGGGGAGAGAAACGAGGUGGCAGGGCGGGGGGAGGAGAAGCAGGUCGCAGAUAAGCUCGACGAAAUACUGCAACAGAUGACUAGCGACGGAUCGCGGUGGCCUGCGAUCCUCGGCAUGCAUAUGAUGGAGCUGCGCGACUACGUGGAAACGCCCGGCCGCAAGUACACAGUAGUCGCACUGUUUUCGCCGGCCCCGCACGCGUGGGACUCGAGCAUAUACCAGUUCGUGUACAACGAGUUCUACACCAUAGCCACCUCGCAUGCGCUGGCCCCCCCAGACCCCUCCGCGGAAAAAAUCUACUUUGUGAUUGUGGAUAUCACCGAGUUUACCGAGGAUGCGGCGGAGUCUUUGCCGCCCGACACCUUGACCGGGCCCUCCCUCGCUAUGUUCAAGCGCAGCGGCAGCGCCUCCGAGCCGGAGUACUUGGAGUACGUGCAUGGAGGCGCGGAAGCCGAGAUCAUCGCUCGGUGGGUGUACACCAAUACGGAUGUGCGCAUCAAAAUCGUGCGCCCGCGGAACUACGAGCGGCUGCUGUAUCUCGCGGGGGUGUCGGUGUUCGUGGCGCGCGUGCUGGCCGGGCUAGGUCUGCGCUGGGAGACGAUAGUGGCGCGGCGCACGCUGGCUGCCGCUGCCGCAGGCUUCUGCUGCCUUAUGGUCGCUGGCGAUAUGUGGAACCGCAUCCGGCGGGCGGCGUACUUCGUCAAUUUAAAAAAAUCCGGUAACCAAUUGGUAGUGGAAACAUACGUGGUGGCGGUCAUGUACGGGGCGGUGGUGACCGGCAUGAUCCUCAUCAUCGAGGCUCGCGGCGGCGUGCCCCGCGCUCGACGCCCGUGCAAGCCUCGGCUCCGCUGCGGUACUUUCUCGCCUCCCGACACCGACAUGCGCCUUCUCUACGGCCUCGGCCUCGUGUGCGUCUUCUUCUCGGCGGUUAUAUCUUUCUACCGAUCCAGAGUGCAAGAAUAUCCCUUCCAUUUCUUAUUUCCCUGA